AUGUCUGAAGGAGACUCUGAUUGCGACCUUAGCGAGUUAUCGCACGGCCUGACACAGCUUUCUCUCCGGCCAGCCAACAGAAGCGCUGCGUCCCCGGCACGCGGCGCGAGGGCGCCUGCGAAAAGCGCUUUGCCCAAAGCAGACUCCUCGUCGCGUGUGCAUCUGGCGUCUGUGAGAAACGAAAACUAUCACUUGAAAUUGGAACUCACGCAGAAAAGCCAGGAACUUGAAGCCCUGCGCCGCCAGAUGCAGAGUCUGGAAAAACGGAAACAGAUGCUCGGCUCCACAGACGGCCUUCUGAGCCUGAGAAACAUGAAAGUGCACACCUGGGAGCCUGCGGGCUCGCCCACACGUCCCCACCAAAGCACGCUUUCUGAAUGUGAAAUUGUGACGCAUUUCUCAGGAUCACCUUAUAAGGGCGAGCGCCUGGGUUCCCAGCAGGAUACCGCAUCGCGGGCCAGCACUAGCAAUUCGCGUGUGCGCCGCAACCACAAUUUUUUCCGAAACUUCGUUGUGCCGUUCCUGCAGAGAAACAUCGAUGCUUUUCGCCACAGCGACAUGUUCUGUGACGAAGCCGCGAACCUGGGGCAAAAGCUCGAGGAGUUCAAAAUACACGGGUCCAAAAACAAAGAGCUCAAGGUUCAACUGAUGAUGGAUAUCUUGGAUGGCCUGAACCAUCUGCAGCAACAAUGUGUCGCGGUACUCAAUCGUGAGCUGCAGGCGAAAAAGGUUUCCUCGCAACUCGAGUUUCUAUUUACGGUUUUCUUAGACCCCGAGCAGUAUGGUCUCGUGCGGCAGGCACACGUUGAAAAACUGCGGCAGGAGCUUUACGAUGUUAUGCUGCAGCUGUGGGACUACGAUGGAAGGCGGCCUUUAUCGCAAGAAGGGUCACCCUCUCGAAAACCAACUAUCAGCGGCUUACCCGCGAAGCAGAUGCCUCGCAGUGGGAAAAUUCCCAAAUUGCAACCACAAGGGUUCGGAAAAAUGGCUCGCACGCUCCGAAAAACACCUUGUGAUCUUCCAGUUGCUCCUAGCGGUGUUUUGGAAAACCCCCGCAGUACUGAAUUCUCCCCUUCGAAUAAACCCCGGGCGGCAAACCGCCUCGACCCUCUUAAUAAUGCGUAUGCCUCGGAGCGCUCUCGUCUUAAACAGAACCGCGACGCUCUGGAGUUCAUACCCAUUGGCUACAACGAAGUCAUGCUUUCAAAGAAGACCCCAGAUCGUAGACCAAAGUCCCGGUCAAAGCUUCAAGAAUCCAUACACAUGACACCGCUCACAAGGUGUGCCAACAACGAAGAAGAGAUGGAAACUGAUUCGCUACAAGUUUUUAUUACCGAGUUCUUCAAAGAUACACAGAGUCAAGACGACUCGACUACGACGGUGGCCAGCAAUUUUUAA